UUUUUUUGACUUCUCUCAAACGCGCUGUUCAGAAUGUCGCUUCUUGCCACCCAACAGCGCUCGGCCGUGCUGAUGCUGUACCGGCUGGUGCUGCGCACAUCCGAGCAGCUGCAGUUUACCGAUCGCGCGUGGUUUGAGGCGCGUGUGCGGCGCGAGUUUCGUGAGCCGCGCGCAAACGCACAACUAACAGCCGACGCCAUCCAGCGAGCGUUGCUGUACUUGAAGGAGCGGCCGUUGCUUUGAGAGCUGCAUGCUGCUCUUCCUUCGCGCGCGCCUCGGACGCCCCAGUUUGCGACGACCUUGAUUGCAGCCGACCCAACAAGCACCCCCAACCCUCUUGGCAUCGAACACACCCAACUUUACAGAGCGCGACACGAUGCGCAUGGCCACGGAGACGCCAAGACACCCCAGACUGGGUUUUCAUCCAAAGUCCUGCUUCUCUCUCGCGUCGACGUCUCGCUGCCGCAAAAGUGCAUUGCUCCGGCUUGGAUCUGUGCUGUGUGUGCUGUCUGUGUGUGUCUUCUUCACCGUUGUGUUGUUGCGAUCCGUGGCUCGUUGCGCUGGUCGUUGUCGUCCCAUAAACACGCGCGCACGCUUCAUGAACA